CCCCGUGCCUCCUCAAGUUCAUCCGCUCCCGGAUCGCGGAGAUGUCACGGAUGCUGUGGCUGCUGGUCCUGACUCUCCCCAGUCUGGGGGGCUCCGUACCUGUCACCUCAGAUCCCGGCCCAGGGACUGAGCUGAUGGGCAUCGUGGGGGGGCAUGAUGCUGCCUAUGGGGAGUGGCCGUGGCAGGUGGCCCUGUGGUUCUUGGAUCCAACAAGUGACAAGUGGAUUUUCUGGUGUGGGGGCUCCCUCAUCAAUCAACAGUGGGUGCUGACCGCUGCCCACUGCAUUCCAGGGAGAAACCCAGUGACUCGGCACUUGAAGGUCCAACUAGGACGAGUGAGAGCCUCAUACAAUGACAGUGUGCAGGUGGCCAGGAUCAUCCGCCACCCCAAGUACAGCCUUGAAAAGGGAGUAUAUGGUGGGGCGGACGUGGCACUUCUCAAACUGGAGGCCCCCGUGAGACCAUCUAAACGCGUCAGGUGGAUCCGCCUCCCCCCAGCCUCCUCCUCAUUCCCCCCAGGCACACGGUGCUGGGUGACUGGCUGGGGUGAAAUUCGUUUUGGAGAGCUGCUGCCGCCGCCCUGGAAACUGCAGGAGGUGAAAGUCCCCAUUGUGGCAAAUAAGAUCUGUCAGCGGCAAUACCGCAGGAUCCACAAGGUUAUCAAGAAAAACAUGCUGUGUGCCGGGAGCAAAGGCCGGGACUCCUGCCAUGGUGACUCUGGGGGCCCCUUGGUGUGUAAAUGGAGGGAUACCUGGGUCCAGGUAGGCGUGGUGAGUUUUGGGCACAAGUGCGGUCUUCCCAACUUUCCUGGAGUCUAUGCCCGAGUGAAAUCCUUCUUGCCUUGGAUCCGCGGUCAUAUUCGUUCCUCUCCUUGA